CAUGUUUCAUCUUGCCCUUACAGAUGCAGUAGGCGUUUGCUAAAUUUGCUGAAGGAGUGUCUUGAUGAAAGGAAGGGUUUGCCUCAGAGCUAAAACCAACAAAAUUGGGGGGGAAAUAAGGGGUCCACUUCCUUCCUGCGGUUACUAUGACGUUCUGACUUGCAUGACUUAAAUUGCAUUUCUGAGCCUCACCUGAUUGCGAAAUCGCCCAGACCUUGACGAUGUAUUGAUGGCAGAGUGCAAGUGAAACAAGACUGUCCACAUUUUGUCCCCUCCUUCCAACUCAUGUGUGAACCCUCCUGUCAGGGUGUGGCAGAGAGAAAGUGCCUAAAUACAGCUGUGACAGCAACACCACCACAAACAGCAGCUUGCUCACACAGAACAACUAGACCUGAUGGAAGAUUUGACGAUUCAGUAUGUUAACUGGGACCAGGAGGAGAAUGUGGCGAGCCACAGAACGGAGGGUCUGGAUACCGAGACCCUGGUGGUGAGGAGGGGACAGCCCUUCAAAGUCAGUCUGAAGCUGGGGGGCCGCGGCUACGACCCAGCCGAGCACAGACUCAUCCUUAAAAUUAUGCUAGGCCACCUGUAUGUCCAGAUCCCUGUCACAUUCUCCAAGCGGCCGGUGCGGCCCAACUGGGCUGCCUACUUCCAGGCUGACAGCUUGCUGUCCGACCCUCAGAACCUGUCACUGUAUGUGUGCACCCCUGCCACAGCCCCCGUGGGUAUAUACCAGCUCCACCUGCACAUGCUCUCCUCCCGUUAUCACAGAGUCUACAGGAUGGGAGCGUUCAGCCUGCUCUGCAAUCCGUGGUGCAAAGACGAUUCUGUGUAUCUACCCUUGGACAGUCAGAGAGAGGAAUAUGUCCAGAAUGACUUUGGUCUGUUGUAUAUGGGCACCCCCGGUAAAGUCAUAGCCAGACCAUGGUCUUUUGACCAGUACGAGGCAAACAUCUUGCAAAUCUGCAUGAAGCUUCUUGAAGUCAGCCCUCAGCACCAAAAGGACUGGAAGUCCGAUUACCUGAGCCGCGGUGACCCCGUCUACAUCAGCCGAGUGGUGACUGCCAUGAUUAAUUCCGCGGACGACCGAGGAAUCCUGACGGGCAAAUGGUCAGGGAGCUACAACGAUGGUGUCCACCCAACCAAGUGGACAGGGAGCGGGGACAUUCUAAAGCAGUGGUCUGAGUCCAACUUCAAGGCGGUUAAAUAUGGCCAGUGCUGGGUCUUUGCUGCAGUCAUGUGCACUGUUAUGAGGGUGCUGGGGAUUCCCUGUCGCGUCAUCACCAACUUCAACUCGGCCCACGACACCAACGCCAACCUGGUGAUCGAGGAGUAUUACUCCAUCAUGGGGGAGAAGAUGCCUCGCAGCAACGACAGCAUCUGGAAUUUCCACGUGUGGGUGGAGGGCUGGAUGAGGCGUAUGGAUCUGGGAAUGGAGUUUGAUGGAUGGCAGGUGCUGGAUCCCACCCCUCAGGAGAGGAGCUCAGGUAUAUAUCGCUGUGGCCCGGCAGCAGUGAAGGCUGUGCGAGACAAAGAGCUCAGAGCGGCCUACGACAUCUCGUUUGUUUACGCCGAGAUGAAUGCCGAUGUGCACACCUUCAUCGUGUCCGACAAUCAGUCCUUCCUGGUGGACGUGGACUCAGACAGAGUGGGAGCGCUCAUCUGCACUAAGGCUGUGGGGACCAGUAAACAUCAGGACGUCACCGCUGAUUACAAAGCUCUGGAAGCCCCUGAACCCGCUUUGAGAUCACGAUCAAGACCAGCCACCCCUGAUCCUUUAAGAUCACGAUCAAGACCAGCUACCCCUGAUCCUUUAAGAUCACGAUCAAGAUCAUCUACCCCUGAUCCCAUGAUGAUGAGAGCAGCUGCUUUCACACCAGAACCUGCUGCCUUCAACGGAAGACCAAGACAAGGUCUCACAGUGUCCCUGAAGUUCCAGCAUGUUCCACUGGCGGGAGAGGACAUCUGCUUCAUGGUUGUGGUGGCCAACUUGGAGAACGCCAUGAAAACACUGAGACAGCACGUGAACGCCCAGGUCAAAGAGUACAGCAACCUCCCCGGAGACACCUUCUGGGAGGACCACAAGGUCAUGCAGAUCGGCCCUCUCCAAACUCUGGAGAUACCACACAAGAUAUCCUAUGAGACAUGUGAGGCCCUGAUUGGGGAGAACCUGGUCAAUCUGGCUGUGGUGAUUGAGGAUGAGGGGAGUCAGGACCGAGUGUUGGCCUAUGACGAGUUCAACAUUGGCAGCCCUGAGAUCCUCAUAGAGGUUCCAGAUGAACAGAACGUGGUGCGACAGAAAGAGCACCAGGCCCAGCUGACGUUCGUCAACCCGUUCAGAAUUGCCGUCGGUGGGGUGCUGACCGUAGCCGGUGGUGGUCUGCUGGGGGAGAAGAUCAACAUCAGGGUCAUUGGUCUCAAUCCAGGCCAAACCAUGCAGAAGACAAUCACUUUCAGCCCUAAGAUGGUAGGAAUCAAGAUGCUCCAUGCAAGCCUCAUGCUCUACAACACGCCAAUUGUGAUCCGGGGGUUCAAAACUCUUAAAGUCAAACCUAUGUAAGGAGUCUCUUUUUAAUCACAGCACUUUGCAGACCUUAAUGAAUAUCUCCAAAUGAUUGAAUCACCCCGGUACACCACAGUGUAAGAUUUUAAGGGAGCCAGGAAAAGUACUGACACUUAGUAUUAUUUAAAUUAUUUAUUUAUUGUCUGAUUUUUUAAAGCAUAUUUAUAUAUUUGUACCCAGUUAUGCGAUACUCAUUAAUCAAAUAAAC